AUGAAGUUCGAAAAGAUGAAUAUGAUAAAGGAUCUUGGAUAUACUGCAUCGUCGAUCGAUCUGGUGAUGUCUGAAAACGGAAGAUAUCUCGUGUCUGUGGGUGUGUAUAAACCUUCUGUGAAGAUCUAUGACCUAGAGAAUCUUGCCCUGAAGGUGGAAAGACACUUGGAAUCUGACCCGGUGAAAGUGUUGUCUCUUACGGAGGAUUCCUCAAAGAUCUGCAUUCUGCGGAAUGAUAGAACUAUGGAGUUCCAUGCCAAAUAUGGAUAUCAUGAAGGGGUCAAGACACCCACGCUAUGCUUUGAUGCCUGCCUUAACAAAUUCCGAGCCGAGGUGAUGAGCGGAGGAAAAGGAUCAAAUAUUUACAGAUUUAAUUUAGACCAGGGAAGGUUUCUAAGAAGCUAUGCUGUGGCGAUGGACGAGGUGUGGUCAGUCAGAAUGAACGAAUGUAACGGGCUGAUUGGGAUUGGCGGGGGUAAUGCGGUGCAAUUCAUUGAUCAAAGAUGUAAAGAGAUAGUGAAGUCUGUUGAGUACAACGAGUCUCCAUCAAGUAUAGAUUUUUCUGACAACGGAAUAGACUUUGGUGUUGGGACAAGUGAGGGAAUUGUUUAUUUCCAUGACUUGAGGGCCAGAAAGCCAUUACUUACGAUCAGGCAUGGUGAUAAGAUCAAGAGGGUUACAUUCAGCAGAAAAAUACUGGUUAGCAUGGAUAAGUGUGGACUGAAGUACUGCAACAGGUCUGGCGUUGUUGGAGAAUAUACUGGAAGUGCAGAAAUGAAUUGCUUUGCAUGUGAUGGUGGGAUUACUUUUAUAGGAUUUGAUAACGGAGAAAUAAGCGAGGUGAUGUCUGAGGACCUUGGAGAGAUUCCACAGUGGUGUAGAGCACUUUAA